GUAUCUUACGUCGCUAUGGGAACAGCGUGUAGCUCUACUGCUGGUAGUAAUGGUGGGUCAGAAGAACCGCAAGAAAUGGCCGCCGAAGAUGUAGUAGAAACGCUUGAUAAUGGCUGGGGUGAAAUGGCACAAAAUGGCUCAACAAACCAGGAAAAUUCAACUACCAAUAGCAUUGAUGAAGGACUUUAUUCUCGACAGCUGUAUGUUUUGGGUCAUGAAGCUAUGCGACGGAUGCAAUCAGCUGAAGUACUGAUAUGUGGUGCUCGAGGCUUAGGUAUUGAAGUUGCAAAAAAUAUUAUUCUUGGAGGUGUUAAGAGCGUUACUAUACAUGAUACAGGUGUUUGUGAAAUUAAAGACCUUUCAUCACAGUAUUACCUAACAAAAGCAGAUAUUGGUAAAAAUAGAGCUCAAGCAACUUUAGAGCACCUACGAGAGCUCAACAGUUAUGUAUCUGUUCAUGCUCACAUAGAAAAUCUUUCAGAAGACUUCUUAAAGAAAUUUAAAGUUGUAGUGCUUACAGAUUCUAGCUUAGAAGAACAAUAUAGUAUAGGAGAUUUCAUGCAUAGUAAUGGCAUAUCUUUAAUCAUAGCUGAUACUAAAGGCCUAUUUGGCCAGGUAUUUUGUGAUUUUGGAGAGAAUUUUACAGUACAUGAUGUAAAAGGGGAGCAACCUUUGUCUGCUAUGAUAGCUUCAGUAAGCAAAGAUAAAAAUUCUGUAGUUACUUGUUUAGAAGAGACUAGGCACGGCUUUGAAGAUGGAGAUUAUGUGACUUUUUCUGAGGUUCAAGGAAUGAUUGAACUAAAUGGAUGUGAACCAAGAAAAGUUCAAGUAUUUGGUCCAUAUACAUUUGGUAUUGGUGAUACAUCAAAUUUCAGCGAUUAUAUUAGGGGAGGUGUUGCAACUCAGGUUAACAUGCCAAAGACAAUACAUUUUAAAUCCUUUAAAGAAGCCAUAGUUGAUCCAGAAUUUAUUAUGACAGAUUUUGCCAAACUUGAUCGUCCACCCCAGUUGCAUUUAGCAUUUCAAGCUGUACAUAAUUUUAGACAGAAAAAUGGUCGUCUGCCAAAGUCAUGGAAUGAGGGUGAUGCUGAAGAAUUUCUUUCAUUUUGUAAAGAAUUGAAUGUAAAAAAUGCUAAUCCUGUAGAGCUGGAUGAAAAUCUUCUGAAACGGUUUGCAUAUGUAUGUCAAGGAGAACUUUGUCCCAUUCAAGCUGUAAUAGGGGGAAUUACUGCUCAAGAAAUCAUGAAAGCUUGUAGUGGAAAGUUUCAUCCUAUAGUUCAGUGGUUGUACUUUGACGCUUUAGAAUGCCUACCUGAAGAAGGAACUGUAAAAGAAGCUUUAGCAGAACCGCUUGGAAUACGUUAUGAUGGUCAGAUUGCUGUUUUUGGAAAUGACUUCCAGAAUAAACUUUCUAAACUGAAGUACUUUUUGGUUGGUGCUGGAGCAAUAGGCUGCGAACAUUUGAAAAACAUGUCCAUGAUGGGAGUUGCUUCUUCUCCAGAAGGGAAAAUCAUAGUUACAGAUAUGGAUCUCAUUGAACGUUCUAAUUUAAACAGGCAGUUCUUAUUUAGGCCAUGGGAUGUGGGCGAGAUGAAAGCUGUUGUUGCUGGGAAAGCUGUUUUGAAAAUGAAUCCAGAUGUGAAUGUUGAAGCUCAUCAACACAGAGUUGGUCCUGAAACUGAAAUGGUUUAUGAUGAUGAUUUCUUUGAAAGCUUAGAUGGAGUUGCAAAUGCUUUAGAUAAUAUAGAUGCAAGAACUUACAUGGACAGGAGAUGUGUAUAUUACCGAAAACCACUGCUCGAGUCUGGAACAUUAGGGACUAAAGGGAAUGUGCAGGUUGUGAUACCAUUUCUUACAGAAUCAUAUGCUUCUUCUCAAGAUCCACCUGAGAAAUCUAUUCCUAUAUGCACUUUGAAAAACUUCCCAAAUGCUAUUGAACAUACUUUGCAGUGGGCAAGGGAUGAAUUUGAAGGACUUUUCAAGCAAGCAGCUGAAAAUGCUUAUUUGUACCUCACAGACCCUACGUUCAUGGAUAGAACUCUGAAACUUGCUGGUAAUCAGCCGCUGGAAGUAUUGGAGACUGUUAAAAGAGUUAUUGUAGAUGACCGGCCUGAAUUGUUUGAACACUGUGUUACUUGGGCUCGUUUGCAUUGGGAAGAACAGUACCAUAAUCAAAUCAGCCAACUUCUUUACAAUUUCCCUCCAGAUCAGGUUACCAGUUCUGGUGCUCCAUUCUGGUCAGGCCCUAAACGGUGCCCGAAGCCCCUAAAAUUUGAUGUUAAUAAUGUGAGUUUUCAUUAUUUAAAAAAUGUCUGUUCAAUUGCUGCUUUUUAAAAUAUAUUGGUUCUC